AGGGAAAUCGUGCAAUUGCGUAUGUUGGCUAUAUGCUUUUAUAGCGCACAGCGUUAUAAAUGGAAGACGUGUGUAUUGUGUGUCUGAUUGUAUUUUAAUUUAUUGCAUCUAAGAAAUAAUAAGAUGAAUGAGAGAUUGUUUUGACGUUAUAUUUAUUGCAACAAUGUUGCCCUCAACAGGAUAUUUCAAAACAAUAAAUUGCCCAUUUUAUGAUAGUGGGCUAUGUGAGAGACCGUACUGCCAUUUCAGACAUGUGAAGAGAGACUCGACUGAUGCGCCAUCUUCGAGCAUGUGUCAGUCGAACGCCAACAGUUCCGCUCAGGAGGGCGGUUGUGCCAGUACUGGUGGUCCAGCUGACAGUGAAAUUUUACAAAGAUUAGUUUCUGAGGCUGUGAAGAAAGUGUUACAGCAUCCAGAAAUGUUAGCAGGGACAAUGUCAUCUGGGUCAGAAAGUUCUAUCCCCCAAGCUCUGGUUAGUCAAGUAGUAGAGGAACUGAAACCAUCUUCGUCGCAAAUAGGUGCUGAUGUUCCGACAUCCGAGCCUCUAGCACCUCGCUUGCACAAGGCGUAUUUACCCCCAGCUGGAAUUCCAUCUUACAAACCAACACCCAUAUCAGAAUUAAAAAAGCGUCAUAUACCGGUGCCUUACACUCCUUCUCCUGCACCAAGGGGUGCUUCCAAAGUUCAGGUGAAACGGCUUAGUUCUUCUGAUGAUAAUCCUAGACAGAAGAGGGUUAAACCUAACAUAAAGGACAGUCAAAUAGUAGAACAAGAAUAUAAUCCUGAGAUCGAUGUAUCUGUGAAAAAUGUUAUGUAUAAUCCAUUGUCUCUGAAAUAUUCUCCUCCGCAUAAUGGUUGGACUGAUUCCAACCAGCCACUAUCAUAUAUACCAAGUUCAAUCGAUACGCUUCCCAAGUGUAGUAACGAUUAUAUUCCCGCUCCCGUCGGUUCAUCGGUCCUUAUGCCGCAGUAUUGCCCCACAGAGAAAUCUGUCUCUAUUUCUGAACCUGACUAUAUCCCAGUAGGUUCGGAAACUAACACGUCUCAGGUGUUAUAUAAGCCAACUGUGAAGACUCGGCUACAGAGCGAUAUUGUGGAAGUAGAUUUAUCUACUGAACUUGAUUUGUUGGAUGAAAUUCUAAAUGAAAAUUCAAGCGAAUCACGGGAAGGGAACAGUCUAAAGGCUGAAGAAGUUUGUACUGUGAUGCAUAGUGUUGUGAAUAGUGAUGAACCUAAUUUAAAUUUUGAAAGUACUAAGUCAGAAAUUGAUAUUAAUGUUAAAAAUUAUUCUAAAGAUGCGAGUAACAAAAGUGAUCAGAGUCAAAAAAUGGGAACACAGACUCGUGUUCGAUCACAUUCAUCGUCAUCAAGCAAGAAGGAGGACAGAUCGGAAAGAAACAAAUCAAAAAGUAAAAGGCAUUCCAGUGAGAAAAUGAAAGAACAGAAACAUAAGAAACACGAUUAUAAACAUUCAAGUUCAAGUAGGUCUGAACAUAGGAAGUCAGAUAGUAAAAGUGAGAGACAAGAUAGGAUUAAAAAGAGGGAUACUGGUAGUGAUAGUAAGAGUCACAAGCAUCAUAAAGUGAAAGAAUUAGGAACGAAAGAAAAACGAGCGCAUAAUUCAGAGAAGCAAUCCGAAAAACACUCGAGUUCCAAAAUUCUUGUUGAAGGUAAAUGUCAUUCAGGUUCCAGUAGAUUGAAGCACAAAGAUCAUCACCACCACCGUCACCACCAUUAUAAGAGUAAAAACACGGAAAAGAAUCACGAAAACAGCAAAUCUCAUAAUAAAAAGUAUAAAACAGCUACGUUGAUAACAAGAAAGUUGACAAACGAGCCUUUUGCUGAGGACAGUGGAAUAAAUGCAGGAAAUUCUUCUUCCCCCGGUGCUGGAUCACAAGAGCAGUAUAUCAGCGGCAGCGAUUCCGAUUCUAGAGAUGCUGAUACCGUCAGUUCAGUUGCGUUGCCAGAUGAUUCUGCAGCUGUUACCGUAUACGCCUCGGAGUCAGAUGAAGAUACAAUCGCCCAGGAAUGUUAUCGCAUUUUUAAAGAAUAUGAACCGCAGCAAAGCCAACGUACAGUAAGCAAGAAAACUAUGAAAGUUGAAGAGCCCUUGAAAGAAGAGGAGGUGCCCGUUAGGAAGCGUAUUGCGCAUGAAGCGGCACGGAAGUAUCCACCACAAGUAGCAGCUCCAGUUAAACACCACGUAAAUCCUAUGCAUAUUAUGAGCAUGAGGAUUGCCAAGAUGCAAGAACUUCAGGAGCGAAGGUUAACAGACAAUGCUGGAACAAGUCUGUCAGCCGUUGGUCUCGGUAGUACAUCGAAUACUAGUCCGAGUGCUGGCAGCAAUGUGGGCUCUGGAUCCUCAAGCGGAGCAUUACGCCGUGUUCGUAUUGCACAUGUACCAAAUGUAUCACACUUACUUAAUGCUAAGAUGAGGAUGCAGGCCGCAUUCGAAAAAAGAAGAAGUUAUAUGGAAUCUGUGUCUACCUCAAAAAGUGCCUUGCCUCAAGCUGAGAAUACUGAAUCUCAUACAGUUGUUCAGACAGCACCUAAGGGUGGCCAUCGAGUUGCUCACAGGCCUUCUACGACUGUCCUUUCACAACCUAAAAUUGUUGGUGAACUUGGAGGAAAAAUUCCAGCCAAUGUACGUCAGAGUUAUCUGAACCAUUUAGUGGCUGAAUAUUUGAAACUAUACCCCGAUUCUUCAGAUGCUCAUUCUAAGGCUAUGGAAGAAGAAGCCAUUAUAUACAGUCGUAGCAACACCAGGUCUGUGUAUUCGAGCCAUAUGUCAAACAAAAUCAAUCGACUCAGGAAAGAGGCGGCUGCAGAAGUGAGUACUAGCCAACCAAGCACGUCUGCUUCUAGUCAAUCCCGCGUAUUCUCACAUUCAUCUGUACUGACAGGCCAUAGUGGUACAAAAGGAACUUGGAGUAUUAAGAAGCAAGGGUCGAAGUCAUCUACAGAGCCAUUAUAUUUCCUGUUGAAACCCUACCUCCUCACCGAAGAAAUGCUGUGCUCAAAUGGGUUUCCUCGGCCACAUCCGGAAGAGAAGGGAGUUGCAGUCAUGCAUCUGCCUCCAGGAACAGCAAAAAAGAUGCCCCUUUCACCGAAUCGUAAACGCGUACUACGCAUGUGCUCUCGUUGUAAUCAAGGAUAUUCUGUAAACAGGAAUGGAUUGCAAGUGAAGGAUGAACAGUGUGUUUACCACUGGGGAAGAAUGUUCCAGACGAGAGUUUUGGGUGGCUGGGAACGGCGUUAUACGUGUUGCAGUGGCGAUGGCGAAGGGGGUGGUUGCACAGUGACGCAGUGCCACGUGUGUGACGGAUUUGAUCCCGAUGAUAUGCGAGGUUAUGUGAAAACACUCCCACGUCAUGAAGAACCAGCAGAUGGCGAUCAUGGCGUCUACGCGUUGGAUUGUGAGAUGUCUUACACCACCGUAGGAUUGGAACUGACGAGGGUUACGGUCAUUGACCGAGACCUCGCUACGGUUUAUGAGAGCUUGGUUAAACCGGAAAAUCCGAUCAUUGAUUAUAACACGAGAUUCAGUGGGAUCACGGAAGAAGACAUGAUUGGAGUUCAGACCAGCAUUUAUGACGUUCAGGCUACGUUGCUGUCGUUUAUUCAUGAGAAAACAAUUCUUAUAGGUCACAGUUUAGAUAGCGAUUUCAAAGCGUUGAAGAUGAUACAUAGCACUGUGGUGGACACAAGUAUUGUGUUUCCACACAAGAUGGGGCCACCAAAGAAAAGGGCAUUGAAAACGCUAUGUCGAGAGCACCUCAGUAAGAUUAUUCAAGAGAAUGAGGGUGGCCAUGACAGUUCCGAGGAUGCGAAAGCUUGCAUGGAGCUCAUGCUCUGGAAAGUGAAGGACGCGUGAACCAGUUCCAACAUUCCAUUUAUUGUUUACAUUGUUUAUAUUUGAAUAAAUUAUUUUAUAAUAAAUAAAUAAAUAGCUCAAUA